UUGAAUUAUAAUAAUUCAAAAAAAAAGGAAAAAAAAAGGGGAAAAUUUGGAAUUUGCGAUGCCAAGCCAUCAGCAUCAACGCGCAAUGAUAAUUCGAUUGCUUUUCUUUGUGUUUCUCUCUUUUGUUUUCGCGUCUUUGAUCUCUUCGGGAGAUGCCAAAACCCUAGAUCCCUACAAGGUUCUUGGGGUUGAUAAAAAUGCUAGUCAGCGUGAUAUUCAGAAAGCCUUUCACAAGUUAUCUCUGAAAUAUCACCCAGACAAGAAUAAAGAGAAGAGUGCCCAAGAGAAAUUUGCGGAGAUAAAUAAUGCUUAUGAAAUUCUAUCUGAUGAUGACAAGAGAAAGAAUUAUGAUCUCUAUGGGGAUGAAAAAGGAAACCCUGGUUUUGAUGGAGGGAAUUUUGGGAACCAGAAUGGAUAUACUUACUCCACAGGUGGUGGUCCUGGUGGAUGGCAGACAAUGGGUGGUCAGGGGAGUACGAAAUCCUUUUCGUUCUCAUUUGGUGGUGACCCUUCCAUGGGUGGAAAUCCCUUUGGUUUUGGCUUUGGAGACAUGUUUGCUGAUUUGUUUAGUGGCGGGAUGAAGGGCGGGAAACAACAUGGUGGCUUCAGCACAACUGGUGGGCCUAAAUCUGGAUUCACUCCAUCAGAAAGUAGCAUUCAGGAAAUCAACUCGCAGUAUUUUAAAAAGCAAAUAAAAGAUAAAAUGUUAAAUUGGAUUUUAUUGUUCCAUACACCAUCAGCCAAGGGCUAUCAUUUGUCUGAAUCCAUUGUAGAGGAUGUUGCCAGUUCAUUGAAGGGAGCAGUGAAGGCUGGGAGUAUCAAUUGCCAGAAGGAACAGCCUCUUUGUAAGGAUCUUGGCAUAUCACCCUCUAAAUCAGCUAAAAUUUUUAUUUACUCAUAUGGAGCUGGUGAAAAAGGAACUCUGGUAGAAUAUAGUGAUGAAUUAGAUGCCAAAUCCUUGAAAAAGUUUGUUCAAGAUCAUCUGCCAAGAUUUUCAAAGAGGAUUGACCUUGGUCAAUUUGACUACUCUUCAAGUGCCACGGACAACAUCCCGCAAGUAUUGCUACUCUCAACAAAGAAAGACACACCUGUGAUGUGGCGUGUUUUAAGUGGCUUGUUCCUCAAACGCAUGCAAUUCUAUGAUGCAGAGGUUCAGGAUACUUCUCACCCUAUGUUGAAGACGUUAGGUGUGGCCGCUCUUCCUGCUGUGAUUGGCAGACUGGCUGAUGGCAACAAGCUUGUAUUGAAAGAAGGGAUUGCUGUAAAAGAUUUGCAGUCUGGCAUUAAUGAGCUGAAAGCCUUGCUUGAAAAGUUCGAGAAGAAAAAUAAGAAGGUAGCUUCAAAUCAAGCCAAUAAAUCCUCUCAACGAGAAGCACAAGCAGGGGUACUUGCCCAUCUUACAGCUUCAAACAUAGAUAGUGUUUGUAGUGAAAAGAAUGCCUUGUGCAUCAUUGGUGUCUUCAGAUCAUCUAAAGCGAAGGAGAAGCUGGAAGCCGUCCUCACAAAUGUCUCUCAAAAGACAUUGCUACGACGACAGAAUCAAGCAGGAGAUUCAGUUUCAUACUCUUUAUUGGACGCAACUAAACAGCCGUCCUUCUUGGACUCCUUUGACAAGUCAGGAUACAAAUCCCUGGACAACCUUCUGGUAGCGUACAAGCCCCGGAAGGAGAAGUUUGCAGUAUUCACUAGUGAACCAACAAUGGAAGCAGUGGAAAGAUUUAUUAGUGCAGUGGCUAGUGGAGAUAUCCCAUUCAAAAAAAUUCAGCAAAAACCUGUGCUCAGAUAGAAUAGGAACACUAUUUAUUGGGCAUUUUUCAGAUCCCAAUGUUACAAAUGGUUCAUACUGACUUCAAUGCCUCCUCUGUCCCUUGUUGCAUCCUUUGGUUGUUAACUUCUACACUUGGAGUACGGCUCAUUGUCUGUAAAAAUCUAGAGUUAAAAUAUGCCUGUAUUGUCUGUGUGACUUUUAACAAUGGAAGAUAAACUAUCUUCUCCUUCCAUACUGAAGUAAAUGGAGGGCACAUGGCUUAAUUCAAAGUUAGAAAUUAUUAUAAAUGUAUUUUAAUAUAUACGUGGACA